AUGUCUAACAAAACUGAUGAUAAUUCUAAACCUAAGAAAACUUUUAAAGACUUGACAACUCUGGAAGGACUUAAUUUGGAUGAUAUAGAUCUGAUCAAAGGUGAGACACCACCGGAUAUCAAAGAGAGCAAAUUGGGACCAAAAGUGUACGGACUGUUUGAAGUCGGACAGAUUCAGGCAUAUUACAGGCACCGGCAGUUUAAACUAGAAGAGCAACAAAACCCAAAACUGGUGACAGAGGUGUUCCAGAAGUUGGCUCGGGUUCACGCCAUGGAUGUGCCCAUUAAGAGGACCCAUUGGUUUUUGGCAGAAAUGGACAGAUUUUAUGGAUUGGUACAAAACAAACUUAACACUCAUAUCAAUAACAAUGAAUACAAUUUGGAGACAUUUAAGAAAUAUGAUCUCAAAACUGAAAAAGAAUUCAUUCAAGAAUUAGUGGUAAAGUCCAAGAGUCCAAUGGUCUUCACUCAUAAUGACUUCAGAAGCGCUAAUAUUAUGGUAUUGGAGGACAAUAAUAAUAAUAACAAUGACCUAUCAGAUGGACAGGUUAACAUGUACUACAAGUUAGUGUAA